AUGAGUCAAGACAUAACCGAAUUGAAAGCUUUUAAGGAAGAAGUAAAUUCUAACUUGGAAAACCAAGGAGCUGCCAUCCAGAAGCUAGAAAAUCAAAUUGUGUAUUUGUCUAAGCAAACCCCUGGGCCAAGCGUUUCUCAUGUUGCCAAGGCUAUUGCAAGGGAAGAAUGUAAGGCCAUAACCCUCAGAAGUGGAAAGAAGCUAGAGGAGAUCUCAAAGGAAACCACAGAUAAUGAAGCAAAGGAAAAUGUGAGAGACAAUGAACAGGGGCAAUCUUUUACACCGUCUGCAACAAAAGAAAAGGAAAAAGAGGUCCUGAAGCCUUAUACACCCAAGGCACCAUAUCCUCAACGUUUGAUGAAAAGUGAAAAGGAUGGCCAAUUCUCCAGAUUCUUGGAGAUUUUCAAGAAGCUUCAAAUCAACAUUCCGUUUGCUGAGAAAUUGAAGGAUCCAGGCCGUUUCCAAAUCCCCCGCAUCAUAGGAGAAGUCAUGGUGGAGAAGGCCUUGUGUGACUUAGGGGCCAGUAUCAAUUUGAUGUCUCUAACAAUGAUGAGAAGAAUGAAGAUUGAGGAAGCCAAACCAACAAGAAUGGCCCUCCAAUUGGCAGAUCGAACUUUUAAGUUCCCUCAUGGGAUAGUUGAGGAUUUGUUGGUGAAAGUGGGAGAUUUUAUAUUUCCUGCCGAUUUUGUGGUGUUAGAUAUGGAGGAAGAAGCCAAAGCUUCCAUAAUUCUGGGAAGACCCUUCCUGGCAAUGAGCUAUCCAUCAGAAUCACUAAAGGAAUGCAUGAGGGUGGAUGUAGUGGACAUUGCAGUACAAGAAACCUUUGAGGAAACAACAAAGGAAGUGGCAGAGGAGGAGUUCACCAAGGAUAUUGAAGUUAGUGACAUCAAGGCUGCUGAAACAACCAUACCAAGCAUGCCUGAGAGAGUGAAAAAAGAGAAGGAAGCACCAAAACCUGAGCUCAAAGCAUUGCCCCCUAAUCUCAAGUAUACAUACUUGGAGCAUACUUGGGUAGUGAUGAGAGCCAUCCUGUUAUCAUUAGCUCUGCCUUGA